AAAUGUGAAAAAGAAAAGUAGACACGAAAGUGUAAAAUGAAAUUUUAAAAUAAAUUUUAAAAAAUGUCUCAAAUAUAUGUUUGGUGGAGUAAGUGUUCAGUGUAACAGAAUAUUGAAUUCCAAAAUGGAAAUUGUUACCAAUUUAAUUAAUAAGAAUUUUUAUAUGUAUGUUACUGGUUUAUAUCAAAAACGCGAAAUGGUACUUCUCGCGCUCACUCUAUCUUUCUCUCCCUCUCUUUAUUGCUCUCUCUGUCAGUGUCUCUGCAAACAACUACAUUACAAUAAUCAAUAGAUGUGUAGUGAAGCCCGAAAGGUGUGUGUAGAUGUGCGCGAUGCAUAUGGGUGUGGAUUGCUUAUUCCGUGAUUCUGCAGUUUUUCAAGUAUAUAUGUUCAAAAUCAUCAGCAUCGUUGUUAUCAUCAUUAUCGUGAAGACGAUAAAAGACGAUAAAAACGUGAAUUUUUUGUUCGCGCCUUGAAUGCUUUGUAAAAGAAAUAAAAAAAUAAAUAAAUAAUAUACUAAGAAUAAUAGAAAAAAAAAGAAAAGAGUAAAAAAAAAAACACAAACAUACACAAACAAACUAACCAACAAAGUAAUUUUAUCGAAAAGAAUAGGCACAAUAUAAAAAAAAGAAAUAAUUUAAAAUGAAAGAGAAGAAAUAUGCUAACAACUAUCACCAACGAAGUCACGUUUGCGACAAAUAUCGUUUAGUGUUACUACAGCCCCGCAAUAAUAGUCAACUUCCAGCAACGUCAUCAUCGUUUUCAUCAUUAUCAUCAGUAACAUCAUCGCCAUCAUCAGUUUUAUUGCUUCUCAAGUUUUUUUUUCAGUUUCUUCAACUUAAGCGGAAAGAAAAAAAAAAAAGAAAACAAAACAACAAUAACAACCUAUCAUUGUGAUCGUUGUUAUUGCAGUGGUUCAGCAUCAACAACCGUUUAUGGCUGAGAAUCUACUUUGAAACGGUUGAAACCAGAAUAUACAGCUAAAAAAAAAAAAACGAAAGAAAAUAAGAACGACUUACUCUAUUCACAAUGACAAAUAACCGAAGCGUAAAAUAUCAAAAAGGCUUAGCAAAUAUCGGAAUAUAUUCGGAUAAUAACUUUUUGUUAUCCGUAACUCUUCGUAUUAAUAUCAGAAAGUUUUCAUUACUAGAAAGUAGAAUUCUUUGGAUCUUGACUUCAUAUAGUAAUUAAAAACAAUGUUUUGAAAGAUGGUUUCGAUUCGUUCGUAUUGUGUAGCGACUCGAGGUUCACUUCUCCUUUUCCUGGAAAUUUCUUAUUUAAUUUAAUGAGUAAAACUUAAGUUUCAAUUAUUUUUUAUUGGUAUAUCUCAUAUCUUAGCUGAUAUAAUCUCUAAAAAAGAUUUGCUUUAGACCACGAAUAUGUUCUCCAGAAAUUACACGAUUGUUACCCAGGAACACAGAGGACUGUUUAUUGGCCAUUUCAAAAAAGUGUGUAUGAGUCGGUACAUUGCGGCCGAAUUACAUUGGAUUUGCCAUUCCUUUUGUAAGAUCUCUAAAUGAUUUAGCUAUGUGUGUCUGUUCCCUUCCUUUGUCGUCGCAAAAAUUAUAAUGGGAGCGAAAAUUUUAAAAUAUAUGGUCAUAGUCAGCACAUUCCUUAGUAGAUAUACCGUUUUCAGCGCACGCUAAGAUGUUAGAAUUUAAAUAUUAAUUAUUACUAACACUAUUUUAUGCAAUGCAAUGACGUUUGCAAAUCUAUUUUAGUCGCUUCUCGAUUAGAAGAAUAUUUCGCGUCGUACAUAUUUUUUGUUUUAUGGUAUUUCUUUUAUGUAAAUUUGUUGUAAAUACGAAAAAUACACAUUUCCUAUUAUAAACGUAAGCAAGUAAAAUAAUCAUAAUAAAACGGGGCCGGCUAUAAGAUGCGCUAUCAUGCAGCUGUUUAUUUCCACCUAUUAUAUAUGAAUACUGACAUUCCAUAUCCGCUUGAAUAUAAGAGUGGGUUCAAAUUUCCAAUGCAGUAGAGUUAAUUUGGUCGUAGCUGUAGCGACCAGCAGUCACCGUGUUCCAGGACUAGAGGACAUUCCCUGAGCGAUUAAUCAUAUUAAAAAAAUAAAGCAAAAAUGGAGUAAAAACAUUUCAAAAUAAGGCAUUAUAGGGGAAGUGGUCAUCCUUGAACCAAAACAAAUGAGUGUAGCAAAGCUCAUCAAAAUAUAUUAAAAAUUGCGGCGGGUAUGCUAAAUACAAAGAAACAAGACGCAGAGACGGAUAAAUUUCCAUCCAAUUUUACGGCUGUCGGCUUUAUCAAAACUCUACCGCACCUUAGAUUUGAACUCAUGACCAUUGAGUUGUAUUUGGGAGUUACUCAAGUACUUUGAUGGUCUAACUCAAGUCCUUCUUCUCAAGUCCUACAUCAUUGCAUUCAAAAUUGCUAAAACUGGGCUUUCAUGUACCAAGAUGCAUUUACGUGUUGAUGCCCCCAAUAGGGAGAGUAAAUAAAUCUAAAUAGCUGCAAAUAUUUAUCAAGACCAUUCACAGUUCCAAAGCAAAAAUGAGCCUUUACUUUCAAACACGCACAGCAAUGAAAGAGUUAACUGCGUCGAUCCCUUUAGAAAAUGUCCAUUUAAAUUGCGUCGCUAAAAAUUAGCGAUGACGAGUAUACUCGCCUAUACGGAAUGUGUGUAUUAUGAAAUUAGUAAUGAAAUAACUUGAUAAAAUCACCUACACACAUUUUAGUAAAAUAACUUUUUUAGGUAGUUACACAGAUAGUAAUACACUUUCAAAGUAUUCGGUUGUGUUACAGUAGUGAUACGUAAGUACGACGUGGGAGUUCAAAGAGGUCAUGUAAGACCUAUUUUAUUUCUUUAGUUUUUAAGAAGAGCUGCAGAAGCACAUAGAGCACAUAGUGCCAUUAUUGGUUUGCGAAAUUUCAGUGAAAGUUUUACCAAGUUCUGAUCGGCUAAAUACCAUUGAUGAUGAUUAUGAUUGAAGUUGAUUGGCACAACGAAUCGCGAUAUUACAGAAAAACUUAACUCAUCCAAGACAACAAGUUUAUUCCUUAUAUAAGAAAAAUUACUUUAGUUCGUAGUUCAAAAUUGCAAGAAAUUUUCGGACUAUCUAAUAAAAUACAUUAUUGUUGCAAAUACACAUUCAUAAUGAAACUUUUUGAAGAAAUGCGUUCAGGAUGGAUGGAGGGAUCGUGACCUAUAUAUUCGUCAUACCCAGUUAACUGGUUAAGAGAUGUUGGUUGUCCUAAAGCUUAAUACAAAUAUAUCCAAUAGCUUACAUGUUCAUUUCAGUGAUAAUAUGACUGCGUCAGAGCACUUGACCCGUCUGUAAAAAACGUACAAAGUCGAUUGUGGAUUGCCUUCAUGAAUUAUGAAAAUGACCAAAAGUGGUAUACAUUUAUUAUUAUGUAAAAUACUUACGCAAUUUCUAAAUCGCUUGACGCAAAAUUACUUAAUAUCAAAAUAAGCACAAUUGCCGCACAAGAAAUGCCAUAAAAAAAGAAUAAGUGUUUAAAAAGAAAACAUUUAAGUGAAAUUUUAAGUUAUUUUCACGUUUUGCUAAGUUAUAAAAAUUUACUUCAAAUCAUAUAAUGUUACAGAAUUUAUUCGCUUAGUGAAAUGUAUAUUUUUGAAACUUUAGUUUAAAUUUGAAUUCGCUACACAAUCCGUAACGAACGUAAAUAAAACGAAAAAAAAUACCUAAAAUCUGAGAUAUACAUAAACUCGUACUUGUGUUCAUGCAAACAUUGAUAUAUUGAUAUAACUAUAUGUAGUUAAUUAAUUGGCUACACAUUCAUAUAUAUAUCAAUUUUUUUUUAUGUAUAAAUAAAAUAGCCUCGAUGACACAUACGCGAGGAAUGGUAAAUGUAUUGCAAUGAUCUGAAAAACGUAAUGCACAAGUUUGACUGUGUAUUUGAUCGAAUUGACGUUUACGAAAAUAAAAAAACUGGUUGCUGUUAUUACUGUCACUGUCGUUGCUGCUGCUGCUGCUGCUGUUGCUGUCUCUGUCAAUUUCUUGUUUUUCAACAAAAUAUUAGCAAAGUUUUAAGUAAUUUGAAAUUAUAUUUCAAAAAUAAAAAAACUAUUGAUUUACAAUAAACGACGACGGCAACGUCUAGUCUCGUCGCAAAUUCAUGUUUUUAUCAUAAAUAAUUCGUUGAAGUAACCAAUCAAGCGAUUCCUACACUUGAAUUAAAGUCAAGUUGAAUAAGUGGCUCUGUGUUUCAGUAAACUUGCAUAUUUUUUUGCGAAUGUGUGCGUUUGUUUGCAUUUUUCAAGUGACCACAUUAACUUAAUCACUCGUCGCAGUCAGUUAUCGUAUACUGAUAAUAAUAAGAGAAACAAAAAAAAAGAAGAAAAAUAUUGCUCUCACUGCGUGAAAUAAGCUGUGCAUUUAUACCAGUUUUAUUUUUUUAAUGGCCUAUCAAUGCAUAGGUGUUCGUUUGACUUGUGCACACGUUCGAUUGUGUUUGAUUAAAAUAUUCCUGGUUAACAUGAAUUUUUGUUUAUUAUUAUUAAAGAGAAUUUUUCUUUUUUUUCUCUCCUAUGCAUACAAUACAAUAUGUGAAAAACAAAAAUCGUACAUUCAUACAUAGCAUAGACGUACCUAUAUGCGGUUGCUGUUGCUUUUUCAUGCGUGGUUUUACCUUUUUCAUGUUUUUUGUGCAUACACGUUAAAAACUUGGAGCGACCACAUUCUUUUGGGAGACUGACUCCAUAAUGGUCAUAUCAUGAUAUAAACAUGCACACACACAUGCAUGCAUACUGUACUCAUGCAUUUAUGCUCUUACAAAAUGUUUACUCAUGCAUUCGUCGGCAAUUAUUAUAUAUAUUUCAUAGUAUACACACAGACACACAAUAAAACUUAAAACUUGUAUCGCAUAUAUUGUGUUUAUUUGAUUUUCCUCCCCACUCAAUUAUUGACUCUUUACACUCAUACCCUCGUGCAUAGAUACAUAUAAACGUACACCCAUACAAUUAUUUGUAGAGCUGAGCUCACUUUGAAGUCUUUGACUGUUGGUUUAUUCAUUCGGGUUAUUGCAAGCUUAUGUUUGUGUGAAAAAUGUCGCUUGACAGAAAUUGGCGGUUUUUAGAGUCAAAAAAGAAAAAACAAAUAUAAAUAAAAAUCGAAAACGAAAACGAAACUAAAACGAACUAAACACUGAAGUAUUCUUUAGUGAGAUCUCCCUGUGAACAUAUUCAUCAAAACAUAAAAAAUAAAAAUGAAAAAGUGUUUGUAAGAAAAAAAAAGAAUAAGAGUCUUUCUGCUCUAAGCUCAACUAUGAGAAAUAACAUAGAAACAAUAAUAAUUCAAUAUUAAAGGUUGCGCAUGCGCAAACGUGACUUGUAUAAAAGAAAUUGUGAAAUCGAUUCUUUUACCAUUUGAAAAAGAAUACAAAGGAAAACAAGACAGAUAGCUACGGCAUAUAACUUAUUCUAAUAAUAACUUAUUUUCCCUGAGAAAGAAAUUUAUUACAUAAAUUAUUUAUAAAUACAUAUAUAAAGCAACGGUGUUCACAUUUUUUACACAAAAGAAAGAAAAAACACAAAUAAAUAAAUAAACAAAAACAAAGAUCGUUGACUGUGCAUUCAACUUGGUGAUGUAAGAUAUUUAAUUUACGUCAUGGUAUGAAGGAGCCGACGAACAAUUUGGACGAUAUUUUGCCUGGCAGGCUGACAUCAGCCGAAUUAAGGGCGAUGGCAUUGCGUCAACAACAACAAAUCGACUCACAACAUCAACUGUUAGCCACCAAGGAGCAACGUUUACGUUUUCUUAAACAGCAAGAAGUACGCAAUGCAGUCGCUAAUGCCGAGGGUGAACGUUUGCGACGGUUGCGUGAACGUGUCGAAGCUCAAGAAUCAAAAUUAAGACGUUUGCGUGCUUUAAGAGGUCAAGUGGAUUUGCAAAAGACUUACAACGUUACAUUAAGUAACGACUUGGAUUCCAUCAGAGCUUUAUUUAGUGAAAAGGAGAAAGAACUUAGCCUGGCAGUCGCAAAAGUUGAAGCCCUUACCCGACAACUUGAAGAACUACGAAGAGAUCGAAGAUGUCCUAUCAAUUUGAUAGCAGGUGGCAGCAGUACAGGGCAACCGUUGCCGCCUCAAGCUUCACGUGAAUUAGAAAAAUUACGAAGAGAACUAAUGUAUCGCAAUCAGUUGUCACUUCAACAAGAUGCUCGAUUACAUUUACAGCGUGAAGCUUUACAGCAACGUCAAGCUGAACUGAGAUCAGUGGAUCAAAGAAUUUAUGAAUUGCAGGCACGUUUACAACGGAAGAAAGCAGCUAAUGUACAAAGUACAAACGCCCAACACCAACAGCAUCAACAACAGCAACAACAAUUACAUCAACCGCCAAAUGCCAAAAUAAAUAUAAGUCCACAGCUAAUGCAGCAAACAACGCAGCAAUUACAUCAGCCAGCACAUCAACAGCAUCAUCAGCCGUCACCUGUAGCAACUGCUCAAGCACAUCACAACGUUUACAGUACGGAAGUAAGCUAUCCAACCACCCUAGCACCCAAAACAGGGGUAGCUGCCCUUAAACAGCAAUUACUACAAAAACAGCAGGCUGCCCAUGCCGGUCAAUCAUAUGCAAAUAGCAGUAAAAACACAAGCAAUAAAUUCUCGAAUAUCAUCAACCGUGAAACGAAUCGUAAUAUCUCGCGUGGCAAUGUAGCAGCUGUCGAGCCAUACAUUCACACACCGCAGAAAUCUAACAUAACGCCCACAGCAUCGUAUUUAGGUAACAUUUUAAAGCACGCUGCUGCGACGGCCAACACCAAUCAGCAAAAUCAACUUAUCCAGGAUCAUGCCCAUGUCAAAUUGAAUUUAACGCACAGCCAAGCAAAUCCAACGGCAACAAGCAAUCACUUGAAUGCUAACUCAACCAAUACCGCGAAUUUCUUUGCUGCAGAGAGCGAUGAAUCAAAAUUAGCAAAAAAAAUGCUAACGGCUUCGAUAGGCACGAAAACCAUGGAAACGCAGGCGCAACAGUUGCCAAUUGCGUCAACCUCAUUAUCAACAAGUGGAGUUACAACAGCGCCUGCUACGCAAACGUCUGUAGAAACUGAUACCUCUCAUCAUAUAUACGCCGAAGUUGGCCCUAAAAAAAGGGAUCUUAACAAAGAUAAUGCAAUCACUGUAAAUACUGCAGAUGUACAAAGCUCGAAUAGUUCGGCGCAACAAGGCAGUAAAAUACCGAAAAGCAUAUUAAGUAGUAAUACGUCAGCAUCGGUUUCUUCUCCACCCUCGACUCUUGUGAACAAAUUGAAUAGCAGCUCACCAUUUUCCAGUCAAAUAUUACCGAAUUCCCAUCAACACUUUGUGGCGCGAGAGAAAUCUGAUCUGGAAAAGAAAAAAUCCGAAAUGGCGGUAACCAGCGAAACUUUAUCGGAAAAGAAUACCCAACAGCUAACGGUCCAUAGCAUGCCAUUAGGUGCAGCUAAUAAGUCGAUAGCGAUCGCCGUUUCGAAUGCGACUACAGCGACAGUUACAUCUAAUGCUGGACCUGAAAGUAAUUCAGUAGUAUUAAGUAAGCCAAAACCAUUAACUUCUGGUAGCUUAGCUGUACCACCGCGUAAACCUAUAAGUAGUGUGGCGCCUACUUCGGUGACAAGUUCUAUACCGAAAAUGAUACCGUAUAGUCCGAAAGUUAAUCGCGUAGCUCCUAAUGUGGUUUCAUCUAACGUGACAUCAGUAGCCUCGUCUGCGUCCGCACCCAGUCUUCCCCUGCUCAUAAGUAGUAACUCAGAGAGGCCCGCCUUACCCCCAAAGCCUACCAAAAUGGCUAACCAUGAAGUAUCUCAUGAAAUAAGCAGUAAAAAAUCGAAUCUCUCUUCCGGUACACCAACAGGAGAGAAUACUGCUACUGCCCUGCAGUCGCAAAAUAUUAAUGAUAACUUACCGAUUAAAGCCAAACCUUUAACUAUACGGAAGCAACCAUUAUCGGAACAACCACGUUUAAAAUCCACUACAAUUUUCACCAAACCGGCGAACAUUCAACAAGUGGGACGUAAAGCAGAAACAGGUUCAACAUCCAAUUUUCUGUACAAUGAUAAGCGUGGAAAUAAUAACUCGGAGACUGGUAUCGAGUCGGCAAAUAAUGAUAACAGCAAUAAUGGGCAGCAACAGAAACAAACGCUACAUUCGCCCAAUACCUUAUCGCCUCAAUCGCAAAUUAGCGCGGAUGAAACUGAUCGUCUUGAGAAUAGUACUACAAAUAUCAACGAAGAAAGCAAAACGUCUCCGGAUAGUUUAAAAAGACGCUUGCGAACUGGUUCAAGUAGCAACAAUAUGGCGAGUAGUAGUAAACCAAAGCUUACGCGUCGUGUUAGUUUCGAUCCUCUGGCUUUACUAUUAGAUGCUAGUUUAGAAGGUGAACUAGAGCUAGUAAAAAAAACUGCUAUGCAAGUGGCCAAUCCUAGUGCAGCUAAUGAUGAGGGCAUAACAGCUUUACACAAUGCGAUUUGUGCCGGUCACUUUGAUAUUGUCAAGUUCCUAGUGGAAUUUGGUUGUGAUGUCAACGCACAAGAUUCCGAUGGCUGGACGCCAUUGCAUUGUGCUGCUAGCUGUAAUAAUUUGGCUAUGGUGAAAUUUUUGGUAGAGAAUGGAGCAUGUUUAUUUGCUGCUACUCUCUCCGAUCAUGAAACCCCAGCCGAAAAAUGUGAAGAAGACGAAGAAGGUUUCGAUGGCUGUUCCGAGUAUUUGUAUAACAUUCAAGAAAAACUCGGCAUACUUCACAAUGGAGAAGUGUUUGCAGUCUUUUCGUACGAAGCUCAAAACAACGACGAACUAACUUUUAGUGUCAACGACCGUUUGACUAUAUUACGUAAGGGCGAUGAUGCCGAAAGUGAAUGGUGGUGGGCCAAAAAUUCCAACGAUGAGGAAGGCUAUGUACCAAGAAAUUUGCUGGGACUCUAUCCAAGAGUACCACCGCAAACUAGCAAUUUUGCCGAUUAGCAGUUAAUACGGUUUUGUGUUUAUAAAAAGAAGGCCGGACGUUUAAUACAAAAACGUUACAUAUCAAAGUUUUUGUAAGAAAGCUUUUUUUUCGUAUUUUUAUUUUAAUUAAAAUUAAAAACAAAAAAAGUAAAAAAAAUC